AUGUCUCGAAGUCUCACUUAUACUAAAGCUCUAGUUACGGGUGGAUUAUUUGUAGGAUUUGGAUAUGCAUUGAUGAAAUAUAGUACACCUACCGAAGAAGAAUUUUAUAUGAAAUUACCUCCGGGAUUCAGAAAAGAAGAAGAUAAGGAGAAAACACGAGAACGUACUGCCUUAAUGAUGGAAAUAGUAAAAAAAGUUGCUGGAUCGGAUAAACCAAGUUGGUAA